ACACCUUUAUUUGCGCAGCAAGCAAGGUAAUUUGAUAAGACAACACAAAGCUCUAUCAUUGAGAUUUGAGGGUAAAAGAAAAUGGAGAUCCGGAUGAAGCCUAUACACAAGUUUUGUGUGUGUUUGUCAAAGUUCAAACACUACCAACACAACUACACAAGGUUAUAGGUCAAAGAAAUGUCUGUGUUCUGUUCUGUCAGCAAGACCAUCAUGCUUGCGGGUCCCUUCUUCAAUUUUGUCCUCUAUCAUGCUCUUCCAAAAUCAAAGCUGGCUAAGGCCUUGAAGUAUUAGAAGAAGCCACCUCUCGCUUAAUUUUCAAUUGAUCAUAAUAUGCUCAAAGAGCUAGAGAGAGAGGGACAGAGAGAAUGCCUUCACUUAUAUUUUUUCAACCACACUUUAUCUUUCAUUAAAUCUUCUAUUUUAUGUGCUUGCACAACACAAAAUUCUACUCUGACCACAUUUAUUCUUUAAUGCAACCUGUUCUGUUAUAUAUACUUCCUUUUUUGGGGUUUCUUUAAUUGGUUUUUUCAUUUAGUAUAGAAAUGAGCAUAAUGGGACAUUGUUGCAAUAUCUACAUGCACACAUUAUUCCUCAACCGUAUACUUGUUUAUCAAAAUUAUGUUUUUAUUAGUUCUAUAAUUUAGUUUUCAUUUUCUUUAAGAAUCAGCAUAAUUAAUAAAGAGAACAAGCACUAUUAUUAAGCUUGCAGGGAGUUGGGGAGGAAAAUAGAACAAAAAAGAAAAAAGAAACAAGAAACAUAAGUUGGUAUUUUGGGAGAAAAGGAGAAUGGAGGGCAGAGAUCAGGGAGGAAGAUGGAGAAAUCUAAAACAGCGGCUAGGAUUCAAGGGAAUGGGGUGCUGUAGGGCCACGUGGAGCCCGACUUCUUCAACUUUGGCCAUCCUAGAAAACCAUCAUGAAGAAGAAGAAGAAGAAGAAGAAGAAGAGUUGGAUUUGGUGAGCAAUGAGAAUGCGAAUGCGAAUGUGAAUGAUGUUCAUCAGGCACCUACUACAGCUACAGGAAUGAACCUAGCAAUGGCACUGGCGGCUGAGCGUAAUUCAAGGGAUGAGAAUGUCAAUGUGGGUCACCCUACCACUCAAGUUAAGACUCUGAUGAGAUUGAUUGAAGAAACAGACGGCGUUGAUUGGAGGAAGAAAAGGAGAAAGGACAAAAACAACAGCAACAACAACAACAACAACAACAUCACGGGAGUCGACGACACUAAUUCUAAUUGGGUGUGCUGCGUCUGCAUGGAGAGAAGUAAAGGCGCUGCUUUUAUUCCCUGUGGCCAUACCUUUUGUAGGGUUUGCUCCAGGGAAUUGUGGCUCAACCGAGGCUCUUGUCCUAUUUGCAACCGCUCAAUCCUCGAAAUCCUUGAUAUUUUUUGAGGUACCAUUAUUAAUUUAUUUCUAAUUCCUUCCCUUCUUCAAUAGUGAUAGCCAGGGAUAACGCUAUUCUUUAGCGCAUCUCAUGUUUGUGAUUUGAAAGUUGAAACAUACCCACAUCUUCUUAAUUUGCUACUAUCCAAAUUUCAAAUAACAGAAGAAAAAUUUCUCAUC